AUGGGACUGGAUUCCCACAUUUCCGACGUGAAGCGCGUGAUUUGUGCGAAAACCCAGACAUCAGCCGAUGCUUACUACCUGACCUAUAUCGGCAAGCGGCUGGAGGAUGAACCCACGGCCAGCGCGCCGCUGGGACUGCCAAUACGCGCUCGCAGCGGAUCUUGCGCGCUGCCGAUCCAGAGCCGAGCUUCUGUAGAGUUGCCCAUCGUCGGGCGCUCCGUGGUUCAGGGAAGUGCGGCACGAGACCACACAAUUCCCGUCACAGCUCCCGUCAGCCAGGGUGUGGCAUCGGCGCCCCUAGGGCAGUACCGGCCAGGACCCGACGCUGCAUCCUGCGGGGUUGCGCUUUUCAACUGCGCCCUUGGGGAUGAGUGGGAGGAGGAGUCGAUUGACUCUCCCUUGGAUUCGCGACCGAUAGUCAAGGCGAAGUCCAAUCCAACCACGGACCUUGCCAACAGCCUGGGUGAUGAAACACCCGUUUCUUCUUCUCACAAGCGCAUGAGCUCCGCAGUGAACUACAAAGGCUUCAUUUCGCAGCACGGUGCAGACAUCUCAGUCUACGACCGAUACGAGUUUGGUCGGCUGCUUGGGGAGGGUGCCACAGGUUCCACCUGGGAGGCUUUUCCACGCCUCGAUUCGGGCAGCUCCAUCCCACGGCUUGUGAGUGGCCAAUGCAGCCAGGAUGGAGCACGUGCGGUGAAGAAGGUACUAAAGGGUCGCUUUCGCGAUGGAUCGACUGAGAGUUUCCUCGCAGAGAUCGAGGUUGCGAACGAGGUCCGAAGCUCUUGCCCAAGGGCCUUGAGGCUCACAUGGCUGGGCAUGCACAUUAGCAAAAAUGCUGGAUCCGCAUUAGAGGAUAUGGGCCGGCAGGUCGGUGCACUGUGGGGCAAGCACUGGAAAUCCGUGCAAACACACCGGGGCGCUCUCCAUCCACCAAACAAUGGGCGAUUGCGCUCGGAGUGGUGGCAUGUCCCACCGCGCUUCUUCCUCAAGGACCCAUACUGCGGCUACAUCCCGUUUGCAGUGGUUCGCUGCCCAUAUGCUCGGGCAAUCAGCGAAUUCCGGUGCAAAUGGAAAGGCUUCGUCGCCCCAGCCCGGACUGACCAUCGGCGUAAGCAGCGCCUGUGUGCGACGGCACAGGAUCUGAACACUUGGCUACAGGAGAAAUUGGAGAAAGGGGCUGCUCGCUCACCAUUUCGCAACGGCCACUUUAUCCCACAGCACCUGUACAUCUACGAUGCGCAGGGUGAGCGCUACGUGGCCAAGGAGAAUGUGCUGCACUUCGAGCGUUUGAGGUCGGAUUUGCAGGUCCUUGGCAGCCGUUUCGCCGUCAGCUUGCCGGCGCUGGCACGCAUCAACGUACUCAAGCAGCUGGAUCACCCCAACAUUUGUAAGCUCUAUGAAGUUUUCGAAGACGCAGACUCCAUCUAUAUCGUGAUGGACCUCUGCCACGGCGGCGAGCUUUUUGACCGCAUUGCCGAAGGUGCCCUGGGCGACGAAGCUCAGGUGGCGAAGCUAAUCCGACAACUGGCGCGUGCGUUGCGGUACUGCCACGACCGGGGCAUCAUCCACCGUGACAUCAAGCCUGAAAAUAUACUUUUUGUUUCUUCCCAUGCCGAAGCACCAGCAAAGCUGAUCGACUUCGGCAUUGCUUGCCAUUUCAAGCAGACGGCGAAGCUCCGCAGCCGGGGCGGCACCGAGGCCUACGAGGCGCCUGAGGUGCAGUCGGAGAAUUACUCCGAGAAGUGUGAUAUGUGGUCUUUGGGAGUUCUGCUCUAUGCGAUGCUCAGCGGCGCGAUGCCCUUCAAGUCAGCUUCGGAUGCCAGGACUGGCACGUUCACAAUGUCCGGCGAGACCUGGGACGCAGUGUCUCCGGAGGCGAAGGAGCUUAUUGGUCGCCUGCUGGUGCCAGAUCCUGCGCAGCGCCUCUCCGCGGAGGAGGUUCUGGCGGACCCCUGGGUCAGGGAUGCCGCCGAAGUCGAAGCCAUGCCAGCACAGGUGGCCGCGCGCCUGAAACGCUACCAAAGCAUGUCCUACUUCCGAAGGAUCCUCUUGAUGGUUGUCGCGCGGCACCUGGGUGCCAACGACCUGCCAGAGAUCUACGAUGCCUUCAAGGCCAGCGACACCAACGGCGACGGUUCCUUGUCCUUGGAG